AUGGCAGCGAAAGGACACAAAAACGUUGUUUGGGGAUGUUGCUCGAUUGGUCUGCAGGACCAGAACUAUAUGCAAUGUACAGAAUGCACCAAACUUUAUCAUCUUGAAUGUUUGUCAUUAUCAAGCAAUCAAGACGAUUCCUCCACGUCUAAUUGGCUGUGCCCUCAAUGCCAUGGAACGCAAAAAAUGGGUAAUAAUGAUAACACCCCGGUUCGUUACAACCCGAAUAUAACUGUAAGGCCGGGAAGGAGGCAAGCUUUAAACUCCCCACCAAAUGCUUCAGAUGAAAAACCAAUAACAAGGUAUGAGAUGCAAGAAAUUAUCAAGGACGUAGUGACUCAAUUCCAAAAGACAAUGCACACCACCAUAUCAGACAUCCUAGGUUCUGAACUAAAAUCUUUGAAGGAGAAAAUUGUGGAUAUGAAGGAGUCUAUGAGUUUCAUGAAUAUGAAAUAUGAAUCUAUCACAAAGGAGCAUGCAGAGGCCAGUGAAAAAAUUAAACGCCUAGAGACAAAAAACGGUGCACUGCAGUCUAAGGUUGAUGACUUGUAUAAUCGAGUUAAUCAAAUGGAACAAAACGCUAGAAUGAAUAACAUUGAGAUCCAAUGUGUGCCGGAGAGGAAAGAUGAGAACCUGUUGCACAUCGUUACAGAACUAGGCAAAACAAUACAUUGUCAAGUAUCUACGGAACACUUAGCCCACUACACACGUAAUAUAAAUUGGAGUUUGGUACAUGAUUUGUCGAAUAACUAUGUUGCACCUAGUCCAAGCCAAGCCUUGAUAGAUUUAGUUCAUCUUAACAAGCUUAAUCAAAUGAAUAACAUUCUUAACAAAUCAGACCGCUUGUUAGAUCUUGUACUGACCAACCUAUCGUCAUCCAUGUGUACAGCAGCAGGAUCAGUUGAUAUUCUUAGUGUCGUAGAUCCUCUACAUCCCCCUCUCGAAAUAUUAAUCAAAAUAAAUACUGAUAUUGCACUACUGUAUAACGUCUAA